CAGAAAUUUUAAAAUUGGAAGCAAGAAAUAUUCGUGAGAAAAUGAGCCAUGUAAUCUGAAAACAAGACCGUAUUUAUCAAUAAUACGUUAUUAUGCAAACUCAACCUGACACUCACAUAUAUCUCCAAAACUUAUGAAAUUAAAUCCAAAUCGACAACAUGGUAAACAUGUAAUCUAAUACAUUCCCCUCUCCAUUCAGAAAGAAGCCGGUUCUGAUACAAGUGCGGAUUUUGGUGCAUAAUAAGUCAAUAAUUCGGUGCGCCGGACAACACGUGCUUUGUUGUCAAAUAAAACGUGGUGAUGCGCGAGGAUCCUAAACAAAAGUUAGGUUAAGACAUGGUUGAGAAAGUUGAAAGAAGUUUAGUGCCCCAGAAGCUCGAGGUAAAUAUCCAGAAAAAUCAGCAGAAUGGAUCAAUGGGAAAUGGAAAAUAUCAAGAAUUAUCCAGACAACCGGCGGACGGGGGUUCUAGGGCAUGGGUUAUUAUGUUAGCAUCGUUUUUUUGUAAUGGAAUAUUAUUUGGGGUGAUUAAUUCUUAUGGGGUUUUAUACAAGGAAUUAUAUGACAAUUUACAAAAGAGGAAUGUUACUAAUGCUUCAGGACAAGCAGCUCUGGUCGGAUCCUUCUCAAUGGGCACAGUAUUUUUGGUUUCCCCCGUAUCGGGAGUACUCACCGAUCUAAUAGGCAUAAGAAAAACCACUUUCUUGGGUGGUGCAAUAGCAUCUAGUGGAAUGUUUCUUUCUUCUUUCUUCACUGGAAACAUUGUCAUUCUCUGCAUAACGUACGGAGUGAUGUACGGCCUAGGCGGUGCUUUAGCGUACACGCCAUCUCUCGCCAUUUUGGGACAUUAUUUUAAGAAGUAUUUGGGUAAAGUGAAUGGAUUCGUUACAGCAGGAAGUUCCGUGUUCACCAUUGUCAUGCCGUAUUUUAUGGACGCCAUUAUUCAUAAAUUUGGGAUAGAGUGGACAUUAAGGACUUUAGCGUUAAUGUCGAGUAUGAUAAUGAUAAUAGCAUUCUUAUUUAAACCGAUAAAAAAAGGUGAUAACCAAAUAAAAAAGCAAAUAUCUUGCGGUGACGUUUUCAACAUUUCUCUAGUCAAAAACUUCAAAUAUCUUGUAUGGGUCAGCGUAAUAGCAUUCUCAUUGUUUGGAUAUUUUGUUCCUUACGUGUUAAUGUUGAAAUUUGUCGAAACAAACUUUGAUGAAGGAUCUGAUACCAGGUUGCCUAUAAUGUGCAUAGGAUUAGCUUCAGGGAUUGGAAGGCUAAUAUUUGGUACCAUAGCCGAUUUACCAAAGAUUAAUAUAAUAUAUGUUCAGCAGAUAAGUUUUUUCAGUAUUGGAGUGAUGACGAUGUUAUUGCCGUUCACAGCUGGUCACUACGCAUGGUUAGUAGCUAUAACUUUAGCUAUGGGCGUAUUUGAUGGGUGUUUUAUUUCUCUUUUAGGUCCUAUAGCUUUUGAUCUCUGUGGCAGAGAAGGCGCAACCCAAGCGAUAGGUUUCCUUCUAGGAGUGUGUGCAAUACCAUUAACAAUCGGCCCGUAUGUAGCAGGUGUCAUUUUGGACGCUACAAAAAGUUAUACCAUUCCCUUCAUAUUGGCCGGGAUCCCUCCCGUCAUAGGAUCUUUCGGACUGUUCAUAAUGAAGUGUGCCAGAAACAAAUCGACAAACAAUAAUGUUAACGGAACUUUAGACGGGAUCAAAGAAUCUCUAACUAGCGCAAACAAUAAAAAAGAAUCUUUGGCGAGGCAAGAGGAAGACAUCUCAUAGAUUUAAAAAAAAAUAACAAUGAGACUUUUAGUAGAAUUUUUGCUUUCACUUAUUCUGCUAGCUGCACUUUGGAUUUUUUUAGUUUUUUGCAUUUUUGUACCGGUUAUUACAUUUUUGUAAAAUUUUUAUAUUGUGUACGUAUACGUUUGUAAUCUUGUUUUUAUGAUUCCACUAAUCUUCCUCCACUAGAGUAGAAAGUAUUUGUCCCAACUCAAAAAGCAUCUUUAAAUUUACCCACAUGUAAAUUCUUAAAAAUAGAAACGUCAUUAUAAUGAAUGUCGUUGGAUGAUAUUUCUGAAACAGUUAUUUUAUUAUUGGUAAACUGACAUACUUUACAUGUUUUUCUACCAAUUUCAUAAAUGUUUUUCAGAAAAACAUUAUUUGAAUUUUAUUAAUUACAGUACCUAUUCAUAAUACGAUUGAAAAAUCUAUUUUUCUCUGAAUUGACGUUUCUAUAUUUUAAGGAUUUACAUGUAAAUAACUGUUUCUGAUGAAAAACGAAAUUAAAUUAAUUUGAGUUUUCUUUUAAUGGACAUUUUGAUAAAAAAUAUUUAUUUUAAUUUUUCAGAAUUUAAUCUUGUUUACAUAAAACAAUUUAGUCAAUAAUCAACUAUACCUCUCUAUAAUAGAGCGGUCUUCCACUGUUGCAUCUUGCGCGGUAGCAGAACAAUUUUCAUUCACAAUUCAACGUUUAUAAAGUAAAAAAUAUUGAAAAUAAAGUUAAAUAGGUUGACGGUGUGAAGGACUCGUAUAUCUAAGGGGGUUGCGACAUAGUUUUCCAUCUUGGAGGCUAUUUUUGUUCGAAAUAGUAGUCGCCAAGCCUGACAAUUAUGAAAAAUGUAUAAGCAGUUUUUAUAAAAUAACCCCUUAGAUAUACUAACCUUUCCCACGCCUAGCUAUUUUAAUUGGAAUGCAUAAUUCUAGAGUGGUAAAGUUAAUUAAUUGGUUAUUUUCCGCUUUAAUCUGUAAUAUUUUCUAAUGGCUAUCUGAAUUUUAAAAAAGAUAAAAGGGAAUCGUAAGACAUUGUUAAUAUAAUUAUUAACUAAAGCCUUUUUUAAAAGUAUUAUAUUAGCAGUAAUUAAUAUAAAUGUUAAUUUUCCAAUAUUUAUUUAUCGAGGGCAGAAUCAAAAUUUGGUGUUAUAUACAGUAUGAGACGAUUUAAGUAAAUAUCUGUAAUCACACAAUAUUAUUAGUUGUUAGAUUUAAUAGAAAAGAAAAGGACAAACAGUCUCCUGUAGUCAAUAUAAGGCAUAUACUGAAACAUAAAAAUAACUAAAAGUCGCUUUUAAUUUUUGACGUAAACCCUAUAAUAAUUUUGCAAACUUCUUGUCAUAUUUUU